UAUAUGUAGUGUAAAUAUAAAAUGACCUUUGCACCGGACAAGAAAUCAAAGAAGACUACCGUACUAAAUUUAUUGGUGAAGAAGAAGAAGAUAUCACACUAUGACGACUUCGUUUUCGAGAUUCCAUCUUCCGAAUUUAUUAGAGCAUACCUGUCUAACAAGUUUCGAAGUUUGCGAAUGACAAUGGCUAUUGUCAUGUUAUCCAUGUACUGCAUCACACUUGUCUUUGUGUUGAAAAGUCGACUCGAUGCCAGAGGGUCAGCACUUGAUGUUAUACACAAAAUAUCUCGACUGUCGAAACGAAACUUGGCUGAUGAAGUCAUGUCACAACGGAAAAUACUCGAGGCAGUAUCUCAAUAUGAAACUUCCAGCGUAACUCCAGCAGCAACAGUGUUUACAAAGCCUCCACCGAUUCGACAAAUAAAAUUAGCAGAAUUAAGAGAAAUCCCAUCAAAUCAAUAUAUCGCUUCAGUUUCAUCCCCUGUUCUUCAUAAGAAAUCGAUGUCAGCAUUUGGUGCUUGGAUGAUGGACCCAACUUCUUCAAAUGAGACUAUUUACGUGAUGGAUCAUUACUACCGCAACACACAUAUCUUGUCUUUUAAAAGUCUGGACGAUUUCACAAACAAUACAAUACUAUCAGACUAUGAAAUUCCAGUUCAAUGGGGCGGUACGGGUCAUACUGUUUACAGAGGCCAUUUAUACUUCAACAGAUACAAUUCUUCAACGAUGUGCAAAUAUAAAUUCCAAACAAGAGAGAUCGUUUUGUGUAAAAAUUUACCGAAGGCAGGGUAUGGAAAUAUGGCACCUUACCAAUGGGCAGGAAGCACUGAUAUUGAUUUUGCAGCGGAUGAAUCGGGAUUGUGGGUUAUUUAUGCAACCCCUGAAAGCAAUUGGAACAUCACAAUAGCAAAAUUAAACGAAGAAACUCUGGAUGUUGAAAAAAUGUGGAUGACCAAUUAUAGGAAACGAUCAGCUGCAAAUGCAUUUAUUGUAAAUGGCGUGUUAUAUACUUUGCACCGACCC